GACCGCCAAUCUGAAGCCAAGCGACACGGCGCUCAAGAAACUUCAGAUCUUGAACAUUCCAGCAGGCGCCCAACUCUUCGACGAAUUCAGCCAGAUUCCUGCAGCGCUUUUUCACGGCGUUUCUCUGCGUGCUUGCUAUGCCCGCCGGCAUGCUUAUCAACUCGACCUGAACUCGUAUGCGUCCUCGCCUGGUCUGUUCGGCCAUAUCCCUGUGCUAUUGCUUUUCGGUGAUCAUCUUCAGCUGCCACCUGUGCCGCAGAGCACGUCUUUCUUUGCGAGCUUGGACGGAACAUCAAGCGAGCACAAAGCGGGCAGCGCCAUGUUCGGAAACAUUGAAGACAUCUUUUGCUUCGAGAAAGCCAGAAGGUUCCGUGACCAGAAUCUGAUCGCCAUUCUAACUGCAAUGCGUCAGCCAGAGGGCCAAGCCUUGACAGACCAGCAGUGGCACGCUCUGCAAGCUACUGAAGUAGAUGGUGGCACGAACUUCAACGCAAGCCAGUUUUUGCGAGAGACCCAUGGCUGGUUCCACGUCGCAUACACGUGGUCACUAGUGACUAUGGCCGCUUUCCUGCGGGCGCAGUCAGAAGCGCAGCACGACCAAAAGCGACUGAUGUACAUUCCAGCCUGCGAUGCGCCCAAAAAGGGAGACAUCGUGCUGCGCAGCCUGCCUCUUUGCGUCUACGUGAAGCUCGACGGUUGCCAGCAUCGCUUUUUGCCGCACAAGUCGUGCGCAGAGCACGCCAGCGUUGAACCUGACUGCGCCUUGUGCGGCGGCUUGGCGGGC